AUGCGCAUAUCGUUCGUGACGGCCUCGGAGGAUCGAGAGUCAUCCAGAGGUAUGGGUCGAAGUCCAAAACGGAGAUGCACCACAGCAGGCCAGGCGUACGACAUGAAAGCAAAGUUGGACAGCAAACCUUACGACUACACUACCAUUGGAUCAUCUGUACAGACGCCAGGGUUUAUACUCGAUCACGCCCAGAACCCUUCAAAGACCAGAACGCUUCGUGAAUACUGUGGAGUCCCUGGACCAAGGCCGUUUCCCUUCUUCGAUCUACCCCAAGAAAUACGCGAUCUCGUAUAUUCCCAUCUCGUGGUGUACUCCAAAUCCGAGGCUGUCAUACGAGCAACGAUGAUUUUAAAGAAUCAACAGAAACGCAUCACGGCCAAAGCAACGCGGGAACGGCUUAAUCGCCAAAGAUCAGCAAGCGGAGCGCGCCUCGCACGUUGUCGGCCAAAAGUCAACGAACUUUCCCUGUACUUGAAUCUGCUUCUUGCCUCCCGAAGAAUGUAUGCGGAAGCAAGUGAUUAUUUUUACAGUAAAAACUGUUUUCACAUAUCACUCAACAAGUUACCUUCGACCGCCUUCGAUGCGCCAUACGGAUGGGAUCUUACACGAAUCAAGAAGUUGCAGGUGGAUUUGCAAGUCAAGGAUGCUAUACGAAUGGACCGCUAUGUAGAUUGGAGGGCGUUCCUUUCCCCUUUUUCGUCUCUCCAACAUCUUCGCAUUGAACCCACAUUCCACCCAAGAUACUACGAAUGGGCAUAUCCGGAAUUGUCCAACUGGAGCACUACACAUUAUGUCCACAAGGCGUUUUUCAGAGAACUACUUGCAGCAAUACCAUACCACGUCAGUCUCAAGGUUGGAGCCCCUCCGGAUCUCACUCGGGAGAAGGAGGAAAAGGAUCUGAUAACGACUCGGAGGAUUGACAAUCGGUUGCUUUACGAUAUUUGCAACCAUCAAUCAUCGAGAGAUAGUAUGAGCUUCCUGCGCCCCGUAUCCAUGUUGCGCUCUGCGGCGCUACGUCCAGCAGCCCUCUCGUUAGCCCCUCGAGCCCGCCAACAAGUUCGCUUCGCCACUUCAGACUACGGCUCUGGAACUGGCAAUCCUGUGGGCGAAAAGCCAGAAAAGCAGGGGCAGAACCCCAGCGAAAACCUCGAGCAUCCUGGACCUGCGCCUCCCAAGGUUGCGCAAGGCAAAUCGUCGUCUUCUCCCAAUUCGGACAAUGGCGGCAGCAAUUCGAACCCCAAGUCCGAUUCAUCUACAUCCAAUGCAAAGACUGGUUCAUCAUCCGCCGUGGAACAAGGCAAACAAAAUCGGCCGAGCUCCAGCGAAGUCAAAGGCGCGCAACCCAAGAUCCUCAACGAGAACCCUCCCAAGGCCUCUGAACAGAGUGAGGAAGUCAGCAAUGAGGAUGCCAAAAAGGACAAGAUUCCGGGAGGCACAUCGAGAGGAGGCAGCGAUGAGGGAAAUGUCGAUAAGGUUAUCAAUGAGGCCACGAAGGAAAUGUGA